GUUAGUUUCUGGCUGAUGAAAUUUAUUUCACCCAUGUGUUUCGGCAUUCUGUGGAGCAUAAAAAAAUUAAAAAAUCAAUUAUUCAUUAUAUAAAAUUAUUAUUACAAUAUUAUAUUUUUAAUUUUUCAUUAGCAGUUAUCUGCUAGAUAAUAUUUUACUGCUACAUUCAAGUGACAAUGAAUGUAACAAUUUAAAAAAAAUUGACUAAAAAAAAACGUAUAAUUGCAUUGUUUAAUAUAAUAAUAAUUGAUUUUUUUUACAUUACCAGUCAAUUGUUAUUGACAAAAUAAAAACCACCAAAAUUUAUAAAAUAUUAAUUGACAAAUAAAAAUAAUAAAAAUGUUGAGUUAUGGGGCAAUUUUAUCGAGAAAUGCUCGUCCAUCACUUCAAAAAAGGACCCUUGAUCUUGCUAAAAAAGAAGGUUGCUUUAAAAAUAAAAUAUUUUCCAAUGUAAAACAAAUACAACAUCAAAACAUUUCGACCAUAAUUGUCGAUAAUAAUUUAACUAAACAAUUUGGAGUACGUAAAUUUCAUACAACAUUAUCAUAUUGUACAACUCAUUUUCAAAAUGACAAUGAUACAAGAUUAAAUAUACAAAGUAUAAAUAAUGAAACUUUAAAUUCCGAUAGAAUAAUUGAUGAAAUUGUUGAAGAUCAUGAACAUUUAAUGCAAAAAAAAUCAACAUUAACACAUGUACGUAGUAAAGAAAAAUAUAGUUUACGUGAUAUUGAAAGAAUGUAUCCAAAUCCAAAAGCAAAAGUGCAUGAUAUUUAUCAAAUAAUAACAAAUGAAUUAAAAAAUAAAGAAGCUAUUGAAAUUUCAUAUACAACUGAAAAACAAAAAAAAUCAUGGCUAUGUACAAUUGACGUUAAAUGGCCAUUUGAUAUGACAUUUACAUCAAAUGGACAUAAUAAAAAUAGUGCUGGUAAUGCAGCAUGUAUUAAAUGUCUUCAUUAUCUUGAAAAUAAUCGUCGUUUAUCACCAUUAAAAAAACCAAUAAUAUAUUCACAACUUGAAGUUAAAAAUAUAUUACAUCGUCCAGUACGUUUAGAAAUGAAUGAACAAGUUAUUGAUGAAGUUAAAAAUUUAGUUGAUCGUUAUGAAGAUGAAGUUAGACCAUUAAUUGAAACAUUUGAUAAAACAAAUAAAUCAACAUAUGAAUUUACAACAAAUGAUAUACUUGAUGAUAAGCAUUCAAAUUUUCAGCCAGGUGCUAUUGUUGAUCCAGUUGGUAGAUCAAAUCCUUUGACACGUGAACAACAUAAAAUAAAUGAACGUAAUAAAAUAUUACAAAGUAGAUUAGAACAUCGUAAUGCAAAUAAAGAUUUAAAAGCCACAAAUCAAUUGCCAAUAAUGGAUUAUCGUGAUGAAAUAAUUAAACAAAUUGAAAAUAAUCAAGUUCUUGUUAUAAAAGGUGAUACUGGUUGUGGUAAAACAACACAAGUACCACAAUUUAUAAUGGAUAGUUAUUCAGUACGUGGUGAAUCAACAAAUUGUAAUAUUAUUGUUGCACAACCACGUAGAAUAUCAGCAAUAUCAUUGGCUGAACGAAUUGCUGUUGAACGUAAAGAACAAGUUGGUGAUGUUAUUGGUUAUCAAGUUAGAUUGAGUCAAGAUUUACCAAAUACACCAGCUGGUAUAUUAUUUUGUACAACUGGUAUAUUAUUAAGAAAAUUACAAUUUAAUCCAAAACUUGAGGGUUGUUCACAUGUUAUUGUUGAUGAAGCACAUGAACGUACAAUAAAUACAGAUGUAUUACUUGCUCUUCUAAAACGUGCUAUGAAUAAUAAUAAAAAUUUAAAAAUAAUAAUAAUGUCAGCAACAAUAAAUGCUGGUUUAUUUCAAAAUUAUUUUAAUUGUGGUGUUGUUGAAGUACCUGGACGUACAUAUCCAGUUGAAAUGAAUUUUUUAGAAGAUAUUGAUGCUAUUGGUUUACGUUCACCAAGUAGAUAUGACAUGAGUUUUGAUGAUUCAGCAAAUAAAGGUGAAAUUAAUGGACCAAGUGUUGAUAUUGUUAAAAUGGGUGAAUUAAUAUCAUGGAUUAAUAGUAAUCAGCCACAAGGUGCAAUUCUAUGUUUUUUACCUGGUUGGUCAGAAAUUAUGAAAAUGAAAAAAUAUCUUGAAGAAUUUAGUACACAAACAAGAAGAAAACAUUGUAGUGAUAUUAUGGUUGUUCCAGUACAUUCAAAAAUGUCAAAUUUUGAUCAAAAAAAAAUAUUUGAAACACCACCAAAUGAUACACGUAAAAUAGUACUUGCAACUGAUAUUGCUGAAACUGGUAUAACUGUUACAGAUGUUGUUUAUGUUGUUGAUUCAUGUACACAUAGACAAGUUAAAUGGGAUGAUAAACGUGGUAUAACAUCAAUUAAUAAUCAUUGGGCAUCACAAGCAAAUAUUAAUCAAAGAAAAGGACGUGCUGGUAGAGUUAAAUCUGGUACAAGUUAUCAUUUUAUAACACGUGAAAUGUAUGAUAACUUGGAGCCAUAUCCAAUACCAGAAAUUAAAAGAUCAUCAUUAGAAAAAACUGUUCUUGAUGCUAAAACAUAUAGCAAUGAAAAAGCCAUGGAAUUUUUAUCAAGUAUGCCUGAACCACCAUUAUCACAUGUUAUACAAGGUGCUGUUAAUGAUUUAAUAAAACUUGGUGCACUUGAUAAUGAUGAAAAUUUAACACCACUUGGUAAACGUAUUGCAUUAUUUACAUUACAUCCAAAGUUAAGUAAAUCAAUUGUUUAUUCAAGUAUAUUUGAAUGUGUUGGACCAAUGAUGACAAUUGCAUCAGCAAUGUCAGCUGAUAAUCAAAUAUUUCAAGGACAAUUACAUAAUAAAGAUGGUAUUAGAAAAAUUAAAGAAAAAUAUUCACCAACAAGUGAUCAUACAAGUGUUGGAUGGUUAUUUCAACAAUGGUAUGAUGCUAAUAAAUCUGGACGUUAUGAAUCACGUGAUUUUUGUUUUAAAUCACGUCUUUAUCCAGAUAAAAUGUUUACACUUAGUAAAGUACGUGAAUUAAAUGCUGAAAAUUUAAUACAUACUAAAAUGAUGAAUAAUAUUAAUGAUUUAGAUAAUUUUGAAAGUAAAAUUAAUUCAUAUUCUGAACUUGAUGAACUUGUACGUGGUGUAUUGUUAGCUGGUACUGAUCAAUUAUUAUUACAACGUGAUUUUGAUAUUAGAAAAGGUGUAUUAAAAAAAGGUACACCAACAUUUACAAUGGAAGAUGGUAAUCGUGCAACUGUUACACCAGAAAGUGUUAAUUUUAAAAGAAGAAAAUUUCCAAGUCCAUUUUUAACAUAUGUCAUGAAAACACAUAGUGAAGAAAGAAGAACAUCACUUAUACGUGAAACAAGUAUUAUAUCACCAUUAACUGCAUUUUUAUUUAGUCAAGGUAAAUUUACUGGAUAUUUCCAAGACAGAGAUACAAAUAUUAAUCUUGAAGAUGAUUCAUUUGAUGAAGAUAAUAAUGAAGUUGUAUUAUCAAUUCAUGGAAGAAAAAAUAUGAAAUUAAUUUGUACAAAGGAUACUGCUGAUGUUAUGCUUAAAUUUAGAGAUGCUAUGUGGUCUGUUGUACGUUAUAUGGUUACUAAUCAAGGAGUUGUAUCACCAGAUGAACGACAAAAUUAUUUGAUAAUUGAUGAAUGCAAAGAAAGUAUGCUUCAAUUACUUGCUUUAAUGCUCAGUCAAGCAUCUGAAAAAAUUGACUCUCCAGAAACUAAAAAAGUUGAAAAUAAUAACAAUAAUAAUGACGAUGAGGAUGAUGAUGAUGAUGAACGACAAAAAGAUUGGUAAUUAUUAUUUA